GCAAUAGCGCCCAAGCUUGGCAACGAGACACUCAAGGCCGAGCUGGGUCGUGCAUCAUGGAAGCUGUUCCACACGGUCAUGGCUCGUUUCCCGGAAUCACCAACCCUGGACGAACGAGAAGCCUUGCGCUCCUACAUCCACCUCUUCCAGCGACUCUACCCUUGCGGAGAGUGCGCCGAGCACUUCGGCCAGGUCCUUCAAAAAUUCCCUCCGCAGGUGUCCGGGAGGAAUGUCGCAGCAGGGUGGGCGUGCCACGUGCACAACGAGGUCAACAAGAGCUUGCAGAAGCCCAUCUUCGACUGCUCUCAAAUCGGGGACUUUUAUGAUUGUGGCUGCGCAGAGGAUGAGAAAGAA